AUGGAUAGUUGUUCGUCUUCAUCAAUAGGAUUUCUUCAACCUAAUCCAUCCAAUGAAAUUGCUUAUAUUGUGGAAAAUAAUGCGAUUAUUGGAUUUCUUGCAAAUCGUAUUAAACAGAAUUGCCCCAAUGUCACAGUCAAGAUGAAAGCAAAAGUCACCGAAUGCAAAGUUCCUCUUGGCUUGAACGAAUUUGCUACAAUUGUUUUGGAUGAUGGAACAAAGUUGAAAACUUCUCUUAUUAUAGGUGCAGAUGGUGCUCGAAGUCAUGUAAGAAAUGUACUCAAUUUCAAAUAUACUAAUUGGGAAUAUGGACAGACGGCUGUUGUUGCAAAUCUGCAAGUGCAGGCUUCAGAAAAUAAUAGUGUUGCUUGGCAAAGAUUCACACCAAAUGGCCCUGUGGCUCUGCUACCUCUUACUGAGAAUAUGAGUUCAGUUACAUGGUCGACCAACCCAAAACAUGCUUUGGAAUUACUUUCGUUACCUCCGGAACAGUUUGUUGAUCAACUAAAUGAAUUUUUAACUACUGAUGUUCAUCAAGACCUUAUAACAAAUCAGUUUUUGUCAGUAGCUGAUCAGGUUUUGGGUGGCUUAUUUGGAAUCAAUGAAAGACCUAAAUUUACAGUUCCAGAAGUCAUAUCCGUGAUUGGAGAUACUCGUGCUGCAUUUCCACUAGGUUUUGGUUAUAGUCAUAGCUAUAUUUCCUCAAGAGUAGCACUCAUAGGUGAUGCAGCUCAUCGUACGCAUCCCUUAGCUGGACAGGGAGUAAAUCUUGGAUGGAGUGAUGUGAAAGUUUUGCUGAAAUGUUUAGAAAAAUGCGUAAUUGAUGGUGGGGAUCUAGGUUCGAUUACAUAUUUAUCUGAUUAUGACGCAGAAGGACAGCGAAGAAAUGUACCAGUACAAGUUGCCUGUGACUGGUUGAACAGACUUUAUUUGACGAGUAGUACGCCUCUCAUUCUUUUACGUUCUUGCGGUCUCAAUCUGAUUGACAGAGUUACACCCUUGAAAGUAUGCAGUUUUUAUGACUUUUGA